CGGUGGAGGCGGCUGUGCGGGGAGGAGAGGCUGGAGCCGGUGUUGCGGCGCCGGUGGAGCGGGGCCCGGGCCGGGCACGAGCACGAGCAGCAGCAACAACAGGCCGCGGCGCUGCACCAGCUGGUCGCCGCCCAUGUCCGCUCCUUCAACCACGCUGCUGCAGAGGGGCUGAGCCGGGCCGUGCAGGAUAUUCGUCCACUCGAGUUCGAUUAUAAAAAUGAGCGCAUCACCCUGGUGUUUGCAGAUGCUCUCAUCAGUCCCCCAACCGUCCCGAAAGGCAGCAUCUGCAGUGACAUGAAAAUCUACCCAGCGGAGUGCCGAGGCAGGCGUAGUACUUACAAGGGCAAGCUAACUGCAGAUAUCAGCUGGUCAGUGAAUGGCAUCCCCAAAGGCAUCAUUAAACACAGCCUUGGUCUGAUCCCCAUCAUGGUCAAAUCAACCCUCUGCAACCUGUACGGCCUCUCUCUUCAAGAUCUCAUCAAACAUCACGAAGAAGCAGAGGAAAUGGGAGGAUACUUCAUCAUAAAUGGCAUAGAAAAGGUCAUCCGGAUGCUGAUCAUGCCCCGUCGGAAUUUUCCCAUCGCUGUGCUGAGACCCAAGUGGAAGAGCAGAGGCCCUGGCUACACGCAGUAUGGUAUUAGCAUGCACUGUGUGAAGGAUGAGCACACAGCUAUCAACAUGAACCUCCACUAUCUGGACAACGGCACAGUGAUGGUCAACUUCAUUUAUCAGAAGGAACUCUUCUUUAUCCCACUCGGGUUUGCACUGAAGGGGUUAGUUGAUUUCACCGAUUUCCAGAUUUACCAGGAGUUGAUCAAAGGGAAGGAGAGCAACUCCUUCUUCAAGAGUUGUGUGGCGCAGAUGCUGAGACUGGUGAUGACUGAGGGCUGCACCACCAAGAAGCAGCUCUUGAAUUACCUGGGCCAGAGGUUCCGCGUCAAGCUUUAUCUCCCCGAGUGGUACACCAACGAACAAGCCGCAGAGUUCCUGUUCGAUCACUGCCUGUGUGUCCACUUGAAGUCUAACGUAGAGAAAUUUUAUUUGCUCUGCUUGAUGACCCGGAAGUUGUUUACAUUCGCCAAGGGUGAAUGCCAGGCAGAGAAUCCAGACAGUUUGAUAAAUCAUGAAGUAUUGACUCCCGGUCAACUCUACCUGAUGUUUUUGAAGGAGAAGAUGGAGUUAUGGUUGCAAUCCAUUAAACUAGCCCUGGACAAAAAGAGCCAAAAAGGAACCAUCCAGAUUAACUCCGAAAACCUGAUGAAAGUUUUUAAUUUAGUGCCAGAUCUGUCGAGGCCAUUUGAGUACCUCUUGGCCACUGGAAACCUGCGCUCAAAAUCGGGUCUGGGAAUGCUGCAGGACUCUGGUCUGUGUAUCGUGGCGGACAAGUUGAACUUCAUCCGCUACCUUUCCCAUUUCCGCUGCGUGCACAGAGGGGCGGCCUUUGCCAAGAUGAGAACCACGUCUGUACGCAGGUUACUGCCGGAGUCCUGGGGCUUCCUGUGCCCCGUGCACACUCCGGAUGGAGAGCCGUGCGGCCUGAUGAACCACCUGACAGCUAUCUGUGAGAUUGUCACCCAGACAUCCAGUACCGUCACCCUGCCCACUCUGCUCUGUGGACUUGGAGUCACCCCUAUCGAUGGCACACCCAGUCGGCCCUACUCUGAGUGCUACCCAGUCCUGCUGAACGGUGCCCUGGUGGGCUGGGUCGAGAAAGACAAAGGACCUAGAAUUGCCGAUGCCCUGCGCAACUUUAAGGUGCUACAGAUGAAGAAAGUGCCAGCCUGGAUAGAGAUCGUUCUGAUUCCGAUGAUGGAUAAGCCCGGUAUUUACCCGGGAUUGUACCUCUUCACCACCAUGUGCCGAAUGAUCCGUCCAGUCAGGAACCUGGCCUUGGGAAAGGAAGAGCUUAUUGGAACACUUGAACAGCUGUACAUGAACAUUGCCAUCACUGAGGCAGACAUCCUGCCUGGAAUAACGAGCCAUCAGGAGCUUUUUCCCCACAGCAUGCUGAGUGUUGUGGCUAGUUUCAUCCCCUACUCAGAUCACAACCAAAGUCCCAGGAACAUGUACCAGUGUCAGAUGGGGAAGCAGACAAUGGGGUUUCCAUUGUACACUUUCCCAGACAGAUCGGAUAGCAAACUGUAUCGUCUCCAAACUCCACAGAGUCCACUGGUUCGGCCGCAUAUGUAUGACUUUUAUAAUAUGGACAACUACCCCAUAGGAACCAAUGCUGUCGUGGCUGUCAUAUCCUACACUGGAUAUGAUAUGGAAGAUGCUAUGAUUAUCAACAAGGCAUCCUGGGAGCGAGGCUUUGCCCAGGGAAGUGUCUAUAAGACGGAAAUAAUCGACCUUGACCAGCAGGUUAAGCAAAGCAACGGGAACAUUGUGUUCGGCGUAGCGGCCGAUCAAAAGCGAGUCGCACACAAACUAGAUGAUGAUGGAUUGCCACCAGUCGGGGCUGUACUGGAGUACGGUGAUCCGUAUUAUGGUUACGUCAACCUUAACACUGGGGAUGGUUUUGUCAGCUACUACAAGAACAAGGAGAGCGGCGUGGUGGAUAACAUCAAGGUGUGCGGCAACGACAGUGGGACAGCGCUGUUUAAACGGGUCUGCAUCACCCUGAGGAUCCCGCGCAACCCCACCAUCGGGGAUAAGUUUGCCAGCCGGCACGGGCAGAAGGGCAUCUUGAGCCGUCUGUGGCCAGCGGAGGACAUGCCGUUCACGGAGAGCGGGAUGGCGCCGGAUAUCCUGUUCAACCCGCACGGCUUCCCUUCCCGCAUGACCAUCGGCAUGCUGAUCGAGAGCAUGGCGGGCAAGUCUGCUGCCGCGCACGGCCUGUGCCACGACGCCACGCCCUUCACCUUCUCCGAGGAGAACUCGGCCCUGGAGCACUUUGGCAAGAUGCUGCGGGCAGCCGGCUACAACCACUACGGCACGGAGAGGCUCUACAGCGGCAUUAGCGGGCUGGAGCUGGAGGCAGACAUCUUCAUCGGGGUGGUCUACUACCAGCGCCUGCGCCACAUGGUGUCCGACAAGUUCCAGGUGAGGACCACUGGGGCGAGGGACAAGGUGACCAACCAGCCCCUGGGGGGCAGGAACGUCCAGGGGGGCAUUCGCUUUGGGGAGAUGGAGCGCGACGCCCUGCUGGCUCACGGCACCUCCUUCCUGCUCCAGGACCGUCUCUUCAACUGCUCCGACCGCUCGCUGGCCCGCGUGUGCGUUGGCUGCGGCAGCCUGCUCUCACCGCUGCUGGAGAAGCCACCGCCGUCCUGGUCCGCCACCCGCCACCGCAAGUACCAGUGCACCGUCUGCCACCAGUCCGACACCAUCGAGGUCAUCUCCCUGCCCUACGUCUUCCGCUACUUUGUGGCCGAGCUGGCUGCCAUGAACAUCAAUGUCCAACUCAACGUGCGAUGACCACCGCUGGCUCACGUUUAGUUUGGAAACAACAGGCCCCUUCGGCACAUCGAGUCCAUGCCGACCGUUCCACGUAAUCCCAUUUCAUCCGCUCCCUGCACACCAGGGGCAAGUUUACAGAGGGCCGAUUAACCUGCACACCCCCAUGUAUCUUGUGAUGUGGGAGGAAAGCCAAGCACCGGCAGGGAGAACAUACAAACUCCGCGCAGACAGCAUCCCAGAUCAGGAUAGAACCUGGGUCUGUCAUGCUGUGAGGGAACACAUCUACCGGCUGUGCCACUGGUAGAGCUGGCAAUGGGAUGGUUUUUAAAAAAAGUAUUUUUGUAGCUCGGUGGAAAAAUGAGAUCCAGAGAAACAUGGACUGUGCUAAAAAAAACAAACGACAUAAUCAAAUCUUGCUGUGGACUCAUGGUGACAGCAUCCAUGCUUUAUUUCUGCUAAAGCUACAGGUCAAAAUGAAAGCAAUUGUAUUAUCCAAGAUGCCUUUUAUAAAAUGAAUUAUGUAUUGAAACGACAAUACCAUUCCAACAACUUUCCCACCCUGCCAUCUCUGUGCAUUGGAUUAUGGUUUGAGUGCCCUGGGUUGUUAGGGUGUGGACAGACUGGAAGAAACAUUAGUUUUCAAAUAAAAUGUGCUGCCAUUUUUAUUUUGAAGUA